AUGGUUUUUGAAUCCGAUCUUCCAGAAGCAACUCUGGAGCGCUACUCCAGGCAGAUCAUUGUCCCGGGAAUACAUGUGAAAGGACAGAAGAGCCUUGGAAGCUCGGGAGUAUUAGUGGUAGGAUGCGGAGGAUUGGGGUCUCCGGCCAUCCUGUAUUUGUUAUCGUGUGGAAUAGGGAGAAUAGGACUGGUGGAUUUUGAUAAGGUUGAGAUCCACAAUUUACAGAGACAGGUUAUAUACACCGAGGCAGAUGUAUCUCAGUACAAGGUCACGGCUGCGUUAUCCUUUGUCAAAAGAGCGAAUUCUUUGAUUAAGGCUGUGGGGUACAACGAGUUUCUGGGAAGGGAGAAUGUCGAAAGAAUUGUUGCCCCGUAUGAUAUUGUUCUGGAUUGCACAGACAGCAUAUGCACAAGAUAUCUUUUGAGUGACUGUUGCCAGGCUCUUUCCAAAAGUCUUAUCUGUGGAUCGGUUCUCAGAUGGGAGGGGCAGUUGUACAAGCUUACUCCAGAUGGUCCCUGCUAUAGAUGCCUGUUUCCAGACAUGAGGGAAAGAACCCUUACAUGUGAGGAUGCAGGUGUUGUGGGGCCGAUUUGUGGAAUUAUUGGAUCUCUUCAGGCUUUGGAAGCAAUCAAAACGAUUAUGGGAAAUACCGAGCCUAAGAUGACAAUCUAUAACGGUAUAACAUCAAACUUUGUAGACUCCAAGCUUAGGAGUUCAAGGAAUGACUGCAUUGUUUGUUCAAGAAAAUGUAUCCCAGAAGACCUCUACUUUCCCACAGCUAAGUGUACGGCCGUCUCUGAUGACAAGGCAACGAAUCAGAAUGUGGAGACAAUUAACUGGGAAGACAUUUUGAAUAAUCUCGACUCCUAUCUUCUUAUAGACGUUAGGCCACCAAUACAACACGAGAUGUUCAGGAUAAAAGGUUCUGUGAGCAUUCCGCUUGCGGAUCUACCAGAUAAGAUUGGAGAUAUCGAGGCGUCUGGAAAAAAGAUAGGAGUUGUAUGCAAAAGAGGAAUAUCGUCUCGAAAGGGAGCUUGGAUACUGAAUAUGAAUGGGAUUGAGGCCUUUUCUGUUAAUGGAGGAGUCGACAGGCUCAAAAGUCUCCUGAGAAAAACAGGAGCUGGUCCUUGA